UUUAUUUAUUACAAGUAUCAAUAAGUAUCUACUGUCUAGGGUAGUACUAGUAUAGUAGAAUUGAGUAGUACAGGGUUGAAGAAGAAAAUUAUGGGUGAAAGGGAAGGAGAAAGUGAAAGUAAUAAUAAUAAUGAUAAUAAUAAUGGGAAGGGUUCAGGACUAGAAUUUGUGCUAGUCCAUGGAUCAAGCCAUGGAGGUUGGUGCUGGUACAAGAUCCGGACUCUGCUUGAAACAUCCGGUCACAAAGUCACAUGCCUUGACCUUAAAGCCUCAGGCAUAGACUCUUCUGAUCCAAACACCAUUUUAACUUUCGAUCAUUAUAAUCAGCCUCUCACCAAUUUUAUGGCCUCCUUACCACCCAACCAAAAGGUAGUACUGGUGGGACAUAGCGCUGGAGGGCUAAGCCUUACGGAUGCAAUACACAAAUAUGGUGAGAAAAUUCAUGUGGCUGUGUAUGUUGCUGCCAACAUGUUGAAGUACGGCUUUUCUACGGAUCAAGAUAGAAAGGACGGGGAGCCUGAUCUAUCUGAAUACGGAGAUGUUAGUGAGCUCAUAUACGGGCUUGGGCCAGACCAAACUCCAACCAGUGUCAUCAUAAAGCCUCAAUUUCAGAGUAUGCUUAUGUAUAAUACCAGCCCUAUUGAGGACUCGACAUUGGCGAAAAUGGUGGUAAGGCCAGCACCGUUGAGGGCUUUCCAAGAUGCUACAUUCGUGGAAGGGCCGUGCUCGGAUAGCGUGAGACGAGUGUACAUUAAGACAUUGCAGGACCGAGUCAUAAAGCAAGAGCAACAAGAUGCUAUGAUCCGCCGAUGGCCACCUUCCCAAAUUUUUCUUUCUGAUACUGAUCAUAGCCCUGCUUUCUCCAAUCCUCGAGGACUUGUUCGUCUUUUACUUCAAGCAGCCAACGGUGUUAAUUAGUAACUUAUUCCACUUCCAUCCUUUAUCUACCUAUUUUAGUGAGUUAUUGCUAUUCAUUUCUAUAAAUAAUUACUAAUCUAUAUAUCUAUAUAUAAAUAUAAAGGAAAACACAAAGGAGUCUGGGUGGCAUGCUAGAUUUUUUUUAGUGUAUUUUUAAAAUUUUGUGAUAUUUUCAUAUUUUAUUAAGAAAUAAACUACUACACAUAUAAACUUAUAGUCC